UGCUUCCUGUUGAGAGCCAACGAUAUGAUGUUAGCUGUAGGAGUCAGGUGCUCCCUGUUGAUAGCCAAACAGCUGAUGUUCGCUGUAGGAGUCAGGCUGGUUCAUGUUGUGAUGGCUGGGGUGCCACAAGUGGCGCCCGAGCAGGGACCCGAGUAUCAAGGGAUCCAGUGAAGGACACCACGGAGAAGAACGAGGCCUCAAUGAAAAGGAAAUACACCAACUACAUGGCAGCAGAGAAUAGGACAGGUGCAUCACAAUUUCUUCUGCUGGGCCUCUCAGAUGAUCCUAUAUUGCAACCUCUUCUCUUUGCACUGUUCUUGGCCAUGUACCUCAUCACUGUGGUCGGGAACCUGCUCAUCAUUGCAGCUGCCAGCUCUGACUUCCACCUCCACACACCCAUGUACUUUUUCCUCUCCAAUCUGUCUUUCACUGACAUCUGCUUAACUUCCUCCACGGUCCCAAAGAUGCUGGUGAACAUUCAAUCGCAGGUCCAAGGAAUCUCCUACAUACAGUGCCUCACUCAAGUUUAUUUUUUCAAUAUUUUUCUUGGCAUGGAUAACUUUCUCCUGACUGUGAUGGCUUAUGACCGCUUUGUGGCUAUCUGCUACCCCUUGAAAUACACAGUCAUCAUGAAUCCCAAGCUCUGUGGCCUUCUGCUUCUGGUGUCUUGGAUCAUCAUGUUCUGGGUCUCCCUGAUUCAUAUUCUACUACUGAAACAACUGACCUUCUCCAUAGGAACUGAAAUCCCUCAUUUCUUCUGUGAAUUGAAUGAGAUGCUCAAGGUGGCCAGCUCGGACUCCCUCAUCAACAACAUCUUUCUCUAUGUGAUGACUGCCGUGUUGGGUGUGUUUCCUGUCGCUGGGAUUCUCUUCUCCUACUUUCUCAUCAUCUCCUCCAUACUGAGGAUGUCCUCUUCUGUGAGCAGGUAUAAAGCAUUUUCCACCUGUGGGUCUCACCUCUGUGUGGUGUCCUUGUUCUAUGGGACAGGAUUUGGUGUGUACCUCAGUUCUUCCACCACUCUUUCUACCCAAAGCAGCACUGUUGCCUCUGUGAUGUACAAUGUGGUCACACCUAUGCUGAACCCCUUCAUCUACAGCCUGAGGAACAACGAAGUGAAGGGGGCCACGGCAAGACUCUUCAGCAGAGCAGCCUCCUGUCAUCCAUGGAUCAUUGACCUCUGAACUAAGUGGAUGUUGUGUCCUCUGAGCG